AGCGACAGCCAACAUUGAAGCCGAAGCUCCCCCUGCCUUCCCUUCCGACCUUAGCCAGCUCUACUCUCGCGGAAGCGCAAGGUUUCCAUUAUUUCUUCUCUCCGAUUCAGACUGCUAAUCCUCUUUUUCUGAAUCUUCUUCCUGCAUCUGAGAUACCCAGCAUCUCUCCUCGAAAUUGCUUAGGUUUCUGAUCAAACGUUCGGGUUUUGAUCGGAGACCCAAAGGAUACGAGAAAAUGUCAGGCUUGCAGAUUUGAUUGAUUCGUGAUUAUACUAUUCCAAUUGUGCUUCCGAUUUGGUGAUCGAUUUCUCUAUUGUGUAACUGAGAAUUGGUUGUGGUUUUUUUUGAGCUUUUCAUAGAUGGAUUAUAAGGCGAAAUUGGACAAGUUCAACAAGCAGGCAGAGAGGUGCUCGGCGAUCAAGAACGUGGCUGCCAAGGCUGGAUCUUCCAACACUUCUCAGAAACCUUCCGGCAAUGGUGCUGCAGCAAGCAGCGGGAAAAGUCCUGCUCCCAACAGUAUCAAGUUCUCUAAUGAUACAGAAAGGCUUCAACUCAUCAAUGGUAUCCGGAAGGCUCCCGUCGGGGCGCAGAUGAAGCGUGUUAUAUCGCUCUUGGACAAGACAAGGAGAGCAUUCACUCCAGACCAGAUAAAUGAAGCCACACAUGUUGAUGUUAGACUAAACAAGGAACUCUUUGACAGUUUGAAGGCAAAUCCAAAAGUGAACUACGAUGGGAGGAGUUUCUCCUAUAAGUCAACACAUAACUUGCUGAACAAGGACGAACUACUUAAAUUUAUUCGGCGGUACUCUCUGGGAAUUGCUGUUAUUGAGCUUAAGGAUGCAUACCCCCGUGUCAUGGAAGACCUACAGGAACUGAAAACUGAAGGCAAAAUAUGGCUGAUGUCGAACUUUGAUUCAAAGGAGGAUAUUGCUUAUCCUAAUGACCCUAAGGUAAUCAUCAAGGUGGAUGAUGACCUAAAAGAACUCUUUCGAGAGAUUCCAUUGCCUCUCGACAUGCUCGACAUUGAGAGGGAUCUGCAGAAGAAUGGCAUGAAGCCUGCGACAGAUACUGCAAAGAGGAGAGCUGCAGCACAAAUUGAUGGCAUCCCCCCGAAGUCGGAGUCUAAGAAGAAGAAGAAGCACGAGAUCAGCAAGAGGACCAAGCUCACUAAUGCACAUCUUCCUGAGCUUUUUCCGCACCUAAAUCAUUGAACACUUUGAAACAUACGAGACUCCUUGACAUUGAACUGAAAGGACAUCGAACUAACCAAAUAUAUUCGAUCAAAUUGAUAAAGCAAGAUGCAAUUGUACAGGUUGUUCUUGGAGAAAUGUGCUCCACAUAAGCUGCCCCCCUGCAAACCUUCAACCGCACUGCUCUACUGGACAAGAGAUUUCAAAGCAUGAUUGCAUUUGUUACGUGCAAACUUUCAAAUGUUGUUUUGAACCAUGGUCCUCUGCACCAUGAAUGUUGUGUCCUUUCUUUUUGAGGUGGUGUUGCGUGAUGUUAUGUACUUUGAGAAAUUCAAGUGAACUGUUACUUGUGGUGUCUCUAUUAUCUAUACAAAGGAUUGAUUAACUUUAAUCGGGGCCUUAUAUCUAACAUUCAUACCCCUGCCCUCACUAGAGCAUCUGCCACCUGCAGAUUCAUUUCCUGGAAGAAUGUUGCAGUGAACUGUGUAGCCUUCUUCGAGAAUGGCCGCGAGUGGAUCUCCUUGGUUAAGGGAGAAGGAGGAUGAAGGUUUGAAACUCCGAAUCGGCCUCCUGCUUGAGAUAUCCCAACUCCAUGGCAAGGUUAGUCCAUCCCGCUGUGCUGGGAAGCACAGUUGAUAGAGAAAGGAAGUAUGAAACUGGGUCUGAUAAAUUUCUGGCAAUUUGAUCUUGAACACUGGUGGAGAGGGGCCAUAUUGCCAACCACUGUAGAGGUUAAUUUGGAGAUGUACUGGCCUUAACAUAACCACACUGUCCCCAGCUGUCAUGACAAAGCCCAUAGGCUUCUGGUUAUGGGCCCCUUUUUAUCCUUUUCCCCCUUCUUAUUCCUUGGCUGAAAGGUGGUUAGAUUCCCUUCCUGAACCAACUUGGCUUUAUUAUUUGUUCCCUCCGUUUAUUUAUUUUUAGAUUAAACGUUUUUCAUAAGA